AUGCAUUUUCAAGCUCUCAUCGUUGCAGCUCUGUCUGCGUCAGCCUCUGCCGCCAACUGCUGGCCGAGUGUCACCAACGGCAUCUACACCAGCGAUGUUGGUGUACAGCUCGCCUGGAAUCUGAGAUCAACUCUUUGUCUACACAAUUGGAACUCGAACACCAGAAUCCAGACUUAUCACGGCGCUGAUUGGGGUGAUUGUGGUACCAAUUGGAAAGGUCCUGGCUCUUCGUUCUGCUGGGGUGGAUAUUUCCAAGCUCUCAAUGCAGCAAACCAACAGACUUGCUGGGAUACCUCUGAAGAGAUCAUCAACCAGUGUGCUUCUGGACCAGGUGGCUUCAUUCAUCCUACAGGAGGUAACUGGGUCUGGGGAAACACCCAGGUCGAAGGAGGUUAUUACCAGGAUGGAAACUACUACCCUCGUCGCCGCGGACUCAAGGGCAGUAGAGAAGAAUUGGCAGGCCAGGCACAGAUUGGCCCCACCUCUGUAGAGGAACAGCUAAACUCCACUGGACAGGACUUUCGUAUUGUGGAGGUUAAUCCUGAUAUGUCUGUUGCCACAGAUAUCACCUAUCAUCUUGAUGGGACUUCAACGAAUAAUGUUGAGGUUAAGUGA